AUGGAAAUUGAAAAUUGUUACGUUGACGACGAUUGUCCCACAAAGCAAGUAUGUCGGGGUGGCUCAUGUCAACAACGCCUUCCUUUGGUUAAUGAUUUGGCUAAGCUUCGACCUGAUCAUUGCUACACUGAUGCAAAUUGUCCAUCUGGUUUCAAAUGUGGUUAUUAUAAGAAGUGUUAUAAUAUGUCUGAUAGCAGAUAUGUAGUGGAAUCGUUCACUCAUAUCCCAUGCAAACAUGAAGCACCAGAUUUUUGCGCGAAAGUAACAGGUUUUGAGAAUGCCCAAUGUCGUGAAAUCGAAUUCGAGUAUGAAAAAAUUCGCUCAUAUGUAUGCCAGCUUCCACCACCGUUUGCACGUACUGAAUUCAAAUCUUGUGGUAAGGACAAUAGUUGCUCACGAUAUAGCACAUGCAUAAGAGGAACUUGUUAUCAGCCAUUUUGGAUUACUGUUAGAGAACGUUGUAAGAAUGAUAAUGAUUGUACUUUUCGUGCAAAAUGUGCCUCAGAUGGUGGAUGCAAGGAAGGAAAAUGGUCACUGCAUCAUCGAACUUGUCGUGUAUCCUUAGAGUGUGGCAAUAGUCCUACAAUGAAAUUUGUAUGUCGUAGAUUUGAAUGUACGUAUCGGCGAAGUGUUCCAUUUGAAUGUGAUGCAUGUCGGUUUGAUGAAUUCUGCGAUUUGUAUGAAAAUUGUUUGCCAGUUCAGCGUUUCAGUGAAUUCGAUUGCGAUGGUGAUAACUGGUUUUAUUGGUAUAGCGCUUUCUACUGCUCGUCGACAAAAGAAAUGACGUUCAAUGAUGCAAUAUCGGAGUGUACGGAAUUAAAGGCAGAAUUAGCUUAUCCUCCAGACAGAGGGAAUGAGACUGCUCUGUCACCUGAAAGUGCUUUGUUGUCAUACUUGGCUGUACGCGGUGGUUGGGUUAAAGAAGGAACAGAAGAGGUCGAGAAAGUGUUUGUGAAUUGGAAUAUUCCUGAUCAAAGGGAGAUUAAAUCACGUUUUUUCUGCAAAAUUAAGUAUUAUUUAUGA